AUUAACCCAUUCAUCUCUAUCAUAUUACUAUCAACCCUUAUCCUAAGCACAACAAUCGUAACCAUCAGCUCCCACUGACUAUUUGCCUGAAUCGGAUUAGAAAUAAACAUAAUAGCCAUCAUUCCCAUCAUAAUGAAAAACCCCACUCCUCGAGCCACAGAAGCCUCAACCAAAUACUUUCUAACACAGGCCACAGCAUCCGCACUACUUAUACUAGCAAUCAUCAUUAACUUAAUACACUCCGGUCAAUGAACCGUCAUAAAAUUAUUCAACCCAACAGCAUCUCUCCUAAUAACAAUAGCCCUAGCCAUUAAACUAGGAUUAGCCCCCUUUCACUUUUGAGUGCCAGAAGUUACACAAGGCAUCCCUCUAACCACAGGACUAAUUCUUCUUACAUGACAAAAACUUGCACCUAUUUCAAUCCUCUACCAAAUCUCCCCAUCAAUCAACCUACACCUAAUAAUUACUAUAUCUUUCCUAUCUAUCCUAAUCGGAGGCUGAGGUGGACUAAACCAAACACAACUCCGAAAAAUCAUAGCCUAUUCAUCAAUCGCCCAUAUAGGAUGAAUAACCACUAUUUUGUUAUAUAACCCAUCCCUUACUAUACUAAACCUGUUAAUCUACAUUAUCCUGACCUUCACCAUAUUCACACUACUCAUCCAAAAUUCCACCACCACCACACUACUACUAUCCCAAACAUGAAAUACAAUACCAAUUAUAACAACCUUCACCAUACUCACCCUCCUAUCCAUAGGAGGACUCCCUCCACUCACAGGAUUUAUACCCAAAUGAAUAAUUAUUCAAGAGCUAACAAAAAACGAUACCCUCCUUUUACCAACUCUCAUAGCCAUUACAGCCCUACUCAAUCUAUACUUCUAUAUACGUCUCACCUACUCCACAGCACUAACCCUAUUCCCCUCCACUAAUAACAUAAAAAUAAAAUGACAGUUUCACCCCACAAAACAAAUAACCCUUUUACCAACAGCAAUCGUAUUAUCCACCAUACUCCUACCUCUCACACCAAUAUUCUUUAUUCUACUAU